AUGUUGUUCGAGGAGCCGAUCUCCCGCCAGCGCCGCCGCGCUUUUAUUACUCCCUCCAGGAGCGCGCCUAGUUUCUCCACGUUCUACAGGAGCGCCAGCUCCGGCAGUGGCUGGUCCUCACCUGCUUCCUCUUUGUCUUCUUUCUCCUCCGCCUCCGAGGAACCUGCUUCUCGUGGAAGCUCCCCUCCCAAGUUCUCCCACAAUGCCAGAGUCGCCGUUGUCCUCGUUCCCGCUGCUGCUGUCCUCCUCGGCCUCGGCGGGACUCCGGUCAUAACUGUGCUAAUGGUUGGCCUUAUGGUUGCUUAUGUCCUUUACUCCAUCCAGAUGAAGCCGGCCGCCUUCUCCGCGGUCUGGUUGUCAUUGCUUGUAGCGCAGAUUGCUUUCUACUUCUCAUCCUCCCUAUCGUUUCCGUCUCCGCCGCUCACAUCGCUUGUUCUGCUCUUAUGCGUUGAGACCAAUUUUCUUAUUGGCGUCUGGGUCUCACUCCAGUUUUGCUGGAUCCAGAUCGAGAACCUCUCGACUGUUAUCGCUUUUGAGCGUCUCCUCUUCGCAUGCCUGCCUGUCACUGCCCCGGCUAUCUUCUGUUGGACUGUUGUAUCUGUCAUCGGCAUGACAAAUGCGGCCUUCUACCACAUGGUGUUCUCAUGCAUCUUCUACUGGCUCUUCUCUCUCCCAAGGCCAUCCUCCUUCAAGUCGAAGCAUGAAGCCGAGAAUCAGAUAAUUGGUUCCCUCGAGAGUUGUCUACAUGCGCUUCACCUUCUUUUUGGGCCUCUCUUCUUCCACAUUUCCUCCCACCAUUCCUCCAUCUUUUUUUCUUUCUCGUCUAUCUGCGAACCGUUGCUUCUCUUCUUCAUUCCUUUCUUGUUCCUGCUCUAUGCCUCUACAAGCCAGGCACUAUGGUGGGCCACACAGAACGCCGACUUCUUGCAUAGGCUCCGCGUUGUGAAUGGUGCAGGUGGAAUGGUGGUGGUUAUGAUUUGUCUCGGAUUCAGGGUUUUUUUCCAUUCACAUGAAAGGUUCGUGCAUGUGCCUCCACCUCUAAACUGUUUCCUUGUCACGAUGGUCAUGGUUGGAGGAGCAUCGGCGGGAGGAGCUUACGCUCUUGGUUUGACCAAGAAUCCAGUGGGUUCCGCAGCAUUUACAGCGUUGAUGGUUCUAGUCAAUGCGGCCGGUGCUAUUAUCAUGGGAUUUCCCGUUCUGGUUGGUGGAAACCUUUUCCAAGACAGUAAUAUCUGAAUUAUUUUAAAAUGCUGUUGAUUUCGAAAUGAUCAGGAUUCGAUUAUUUUCAUUCGGUAAUAGUAAGAAAUGUUGGAAAAUAGCCUGAGAAUUUUUUUCAUGGGGUAACGAUACUGUUGCAGCCAGACAUAGUUCAACUGUGUGAUAAAAAAAUAUUCCUAGUAAGAAUUAUUUCCAUGUCUUAAUUGUGAAGACAUUAUGUUUUAAGCAGUCAGACAUAGUUCAACCGGAGUAUGAUAAAAUAUUCCUGAUAUACCCUUUCCACUAUGCGAGAAAGAAAUGUUUAUUGUUUCAGAGAGGAGAGACUUUUUAUUAGACCAUAAUACAUGUCAUUUACUCAAAAAAUGUAUUGACUUAUGGUUUUAACGUUAUAUUUUUAAAUAAAAUUUAAAUCUGCUCCUUUCAGUAUAAUAGGAGCAAUAUUCCAUUGUCACUCAUAAGAAUCAUAUAGAAUAAUAUUUAGAAAGCUUGAUUUUAUUUAUAUUUUAUUUUUAAGAUGCUCUAAUGUUAGUUUCUGUAUAUUUUAGAGUAAAAACAACUCUAGAUGCUGCUUAUUUUACUUAUAUUCUAAUUAAUGUUCACAGUUACUUAUUAUUCCGGGUAUAAAUAUUAUAGUAGCAGCUGAAAUAAACGUUUUGUUUUUUCGAAACAUUAUUCUUAAAUAUUUAUUUUGGGAAAUGAAGUUGAUGUGUUGAACACAGGCCAUGUUUUAUAUUUACUGAACUGAUUCCUUGACGUAGAUUUUCAUUUCUCCAGCACACAUUUGGAAACGGUUGAAUUAAUAUCUUGUACUUGGGAAAUAAGAGUUCAGCAUUGUCAGAAGAGAUCUUAGUUGUCAUUUGACUGCUUUUGAACAGUCAUGUAUUUUCAUUUUCUGUCCUCAUGAUAAAAGGGUUUUAUUUUCGUUGAAGAUUGAAGAUUGAAGAAGGUUGCAUACAUCAGUCAACGUACAUGUUAGUUUUUUCUCCCCUUUAGCAUCACACGGAAGUCAAGACAUGGUCUCUUGGGAAAUAUCGUAUUGAAAAUAUCUUUUUAUUCGUGUAAUCGAAUACAAACUAUUACCCUUGUAGAGAAUUUAUACUGAUGUAAUUUCUGGUUUUUUGCUAAUAUGAGGGCAAUGAUGGAUAUUCUCUUGAUAAAAAGAAUUAUAUAAUGUUUUAAGAAUAACAAAUGCGACUUUUUUAUGAAACUUCACUAUUGGCAUGGGAGUUCAUCUGAUUUAGAGUUGUAUUUGUCAUUUUUUGCAGUUAAUUCCUCUUCCCCUGAUUUCUUGUUACUAUUUGGCUCGAUUUUUCACCAACAAAAGCUUGGGAUCAUAUUUUGCGUUUGCAACAUUAACGACUCUCAUGACUACGUGGUUUUUCGUUGACACCUAUUGGGACCUGGAAGUUUGGAUCGCUAGUGUGCCAUUGAAAUUCUACUGUCAGCUGACUAUUGCAAGUGUUUUCUUGGCAAUGAUUAUUCCGGGUCUGGCGUUUAUUUCACCAAAACUGCAGCUACUGACUGAAUUUUGUCUUAUCAGCCAUGCACUAUUGCUCUGCUACAUAGAAGAUCGGUUUCUCAAUUAUACAGAUGUAUAUUGGUUGGAACUUUUUGAUGAUAUGAUUUACCCCUACUACAUGGUUAUAACCACAACGUUAUUGGGUCUAGCCUUGUUGUGGAAAUUGAUUGUGAGCUACCGGGUUGGACGGAAGGCCAUUUGGAUCUUGAUGUCACUGUAUUCUGCGAAGCUCCUGAUGAUUCUUAUUACUUCAAAAUCUAUCAUAUGGGAAUCAGCAGUUCUGUUUCUGGCUGUUUCUCCUCCGUGGCUUCUUUACAAGUAUGAGCUACACCUUGUUACCGUUGACAAACACUAUCUUGUUGAGCAAGUUUGCCUAUCCUUCCCAUAAGAAUGCAUGCCUACGGACAUAAUGAAUUACAAAAUGUGGCUACUAUGAACCGAGACAUGAUUCCAGCUUAUAGUUACCGUUCAAAAUUUCAAAAGAUUCUCCCUCCUGUCUGAAGAGUUGAUUGUUAAUGGAAGAUAUCAUGAGGAAUGUGCCUUUUCUUUCCUUUGAAAAGUUCUCACUUCCAUGUUUCUCGUAGAAUAUUGGCUAUAUAAUUUUCUAAUUGACUGAUAAGGUAGCAUAAUUUAGUCACUUCUUGACGAGGUAUCAUUGUAUCUCCAUUAUUAAUAUUCGCAACAAGUGAUAUGAAAUCGAGAUUUCCAUAAUCCUUGACUCCCAAUCUCUCGUUGGCUGGCCUUCUGUAGAGACAGAACAAAGGCAUCUUCAAGAAUGAGGUCCUGGCAAGGGUUUUUUCAUGUUGCUGUUGUAACUUUUUCUGUGUGGCUCUUUCGAGAAACAAUAUUUGAAGUUCUCCAGUGCUGGAAUGGAAGACCCCCUUCAGAUGGUCUAAUGGCGGGAUCUUAUAUACUCCUGACGGGUCUUUCUUGCGUGCCAAUUGUUGCCCUUCACUUUCCCGAUGUUGAGGUACUGGUCUUAUCUUUCUAUUCAGCAGCCAUAGGUGAUCAUGCUUAAUACACUGUCAGGUGUUUGGUGCCAUCUUUAAUAAUGUUCCAAGUAAUGUUUGUGAACUUCAUAAACUUUUGAUGAUGCCAAGUCGCAUGUGACUUAGUUUCAAAUAGUUACUUUUCUUGUUCCCUUGUGUGGGCACAAGGAGUUUUCAAAUAUUUAUUGAAAUUGACCCCUAAGAUAAAGUUUGACUCCCCACGGAAUGGUAGCAGUUGUGUGGACAUGAACUACCAAACCAGGCGACGCCUUUAGGAUUCAUAGGCUCACAGCAUGCCUGCUUUCUCAUCAUCAUGAGCCUUGUGCAAUUCGAUUACCCGAAAAAUGGCUUUAAUUAUUUAUGUUUAACUCAGUGAACUCAACAUUUUCAUGUGCUUUAAUUGUAAGUUGUGUGUUUUCUUAUCGUCAUUGCAUCUUUUUUUUCACCGUCUUUGUUAAUAUACACAAAAUGAGCUAUAAAUACGAUGAUGAUGACCAAUGAUCCGAGUGAGAUCUGAUUCACUUGUGGCCGGUUCGUCCGUCAUCCCAAAUCGGCCCGAUCUCAGUAAAGUCUGCGUCAUUUUUCCUCUUUCCAGUGGUGUGUCAUCUAUUUUUCUUUUCUGCAUAUCCUCACCCUUUUUGCUCCAGUAAAAUAAUCAAAUUAUGCUAAAAGUUCAUCUGAUUCACGUGCUUCAUGCCACGGGCAGUCUGCGAAAAGAUUUCUGGUGCUGGUGAUCGCAACUGCUCUGCUAUUCAUCCUCACGGAGCCUUCUUUUCCCCCGCCACUAGCUCAUCAGUCAGACUUGAUUAAGGAAGCUCAUCAAUAUUCCGACGACAUGUUACUGUAUGGGCCCAUCGAAUCGAAGCCGACAUGGCCAGCAUGCCUGCUUAUUGCGACAACAGUGCUUCUCUUGGCAGCGGCGACAUCCGCCAUACCCAUCAGACAUACCAUCAAGUUCAGAGCCCCUUAUGCAGUCGCAGUAGGCACAACGCUGGGUAUCUACAUCUGUGCAGAACACUUCCCGAAAUCUCAAUUUUUGCACCCUUUUAUAAUAACUUCCGUCACCUGCGGUUCUAUCUUCCUGGUCUUCACUCACCUCCCUUCGGCUUCAAGCCCCAGGCUCUUGCCCUGGGUAUUCGCUCUACUGGUGGCGCUCCACCCAGUGUCUUAUCUCUUAGAAGGCCAGCUAAACACGGCAAGCGUUACAACGAGCGAGGGAGCAAGGGAGACACUUAUGGGUCUUCACGCCACGCUGUUCAUGCUCAUUGCCCUGCAAAUUAAGCUCCGAUUGGCUUCAAACGCUGGCGAGAAAGCUGCCGAGAGGAGCACUUCACAGGCUGUUUCCAAAUCAGGCCGCUCUAGCCUCCCCGCCAAGCUCAGGUUCGCGAACCAACGGAGGGCUUCCGUCUCAAUCAAGGCGUUAACAUCUGAGGCGGGGUGGACACCCGCAGUGGGGAAUAUAUCGACGGUGCUGUGCUUCGUCGUCAGUCUGACGCUGAACAUGAAGCUCACGGGGGGAUCCGCCCGCUCCAUAUUUCUCCUCGCCCCGAUUCUGUUGCUGCUCAACCAGGACUCGGGUAUCUUUACUGGCCUGGGGGACAAGCGGAGAUAUUUCCCGGUGGCGGCUGUCAUAUCCGGCUACCUGUUCUUGGCCGCCGUUUGCCGCAUAUGGAAGGAGCUGUCGGAGGGGGAUAUUGGAGGCCCCGGCUGGGUUUUUGCGGUGAAAAAUGGUGGCCUUCUGACGUUGGUCUCGCCCAACCACGUUAGCCUCAUCCGCUUCAUGUGGGACUACGCGAAGCAGACGGACACACAGCUGCUGCUGCUGACGGUGCCUCUCAGCUUGCUGUCGGUUAUUGCGGCCGAUGUCAUUCCGAUUAGGGUCCUUGGGUUGCUGGCCGUCGCUUAUUCUUUGGUGCAGUUCUUCGUAUCGACCCGUAUAAGAAUCGCGGGAAUGAAGUACAUCUGA